CCAGCUUCAUGUGACAGUUUAUCCCAUUCGCCAAUGUUAGGGUGAGUGAAUCUAGAUGACAGAAACAUAUCCUGGGUACACUGGACCUCCUUUGCAGUAUAGAGCUCAGACAGAAACAACUGACUUCCAACAGAGACACUGAUCAGAGGACAAGGAGACAGACUGGGGCUGCUUUCCAAAAAAGACCCUGUUAUCAAAGACUACAUCCUCAACAACUGAUGGAGACUAACUGGAAAACAGUAUGUGUCAUGUUGAUGUGAUUUAAGAAGCGAGAGAAGAAGCGAUGAGUUUAAGUGCAGCAGCGAGUGGAUUGGUCCUCUUCCUUCUCUCUCUAACAGUGGUACAGAGUCAGAAUGAUUAUGCAGUGACUUACACUUCUACUCAGAUCUGUGCUGUAAAAGGAUCAACAGUGGACAUAGGCUGCUCCUUCAAACACCCUUCAAGAGUAAAUGUGUUAAAAAGAGUUUGGUUCACUAAAGGGAACAAUUAUAAUCCUGAAGAUCUGAAAACAGACCCAGCGUAUGCAGGUCGAGUGUCGUACAGUUCUCACUGGAAGAGCUGCACUCUGACAAUCAGAGACCUGAGAGAGAGCGACUCAGCUGUGUACAAGUUCAGGUUUGAAACAGACUGGAAAGAUUUUACUGGUUUACCUGGAGUCACUCUGACUGUCACAGAUCUGCAGGUGAAGGUGAGCAGAAUAAUAUCAGUCCAUGAGUCUCAGACUGAGGCAGAGCUGAAGUGUGAAAGCAGCUGCAGUCCAGCUGGUCGUCUUUCUUUUGUCUGGUUCAAAAACAAUCAUUUUAAGGUUGAACAAAGUUCUUAUCAAGAUCUGUUCAGUCCUGGAGACAUCAUCUCCUGUGCUUUCAAAGGACACGAAGGUUAUCGCUCAGAUCCUGUGUUUUAA